AUGGAAGCCCUUGCAGCCCUGAGCUUCUGUUGCAAUGUUCUCCAGCUGGUCAGCUUCGCAGGAGAGACCGUCUCCUUGUGCAAGAAUGUGUACAAUGGGCAGCCUCCUGAUGCUGACUUUAAAGAUAACGUAGAGGCGAUGGUCAAGGUCUCUUCGCAAAUUCGAACUCAAACCAAACCGUCCGGCGUCCCUGAUUCAAAUGCGCCUGGUGUGAAGGAUGUUGCGAACAAGUGCAACAUUAUCGCACAGGCUUUGAAAGACGAGUAUAAUCACAUAACAAGGAAUCAGAAGACGGGCAGCAUAUUAUCUACCGUCAAUGUAGCGGCUCGCCAUCAAUGGAGGCGAAAUCGUCUGGAAAGAUUGGAGUCAUCUUUGAGAGACAUUCAGAGCACGAUGGACACCUAUCUCUUGGCUGAUCUCUGUAAACAAAGCGCUGCUGCGCAAGAGGCCAACAAGGCUAGUUUCAGAAAGCUGGACACCAACCUGCAAUGCUUCAUAACCCAGUGUGCAAAAGGCGAAAGAUCUGUCACAACUUUGAUUCAGCGCGAGGCCGUUUCCACUAGGGAAGCCAUCGACCGGUCCAUGAAACAGCAGUCGAAAUCCAUAAACGCGCGCGUUACGGUCGAAGCCGAAGCAACCAGGAAUCACACGAAAAGUGAGGUGCAACAGGUCACACACUCUAUGUUAGCACUUUCACUCGAGAAGAAAAAUAAAGAACGUCAGAUACGGAGUAGAGACCGCUUCAUUCAAAGCCUCAAGUUCGAAGGCAUGAACGAAAGGUUCAACCAGGUGUCUGACUCGCACCACAAGACUUUCCGUUGGAUCUUGACAUGCCAUGACGAUUCGGUAUAUUGGGUUUCAGACGAGGAAGAUCGUGAACUUGACAACUCACCUCCCGGUGAUACGAAAAGUCUAGCCGACUCAGAACCAAACGACUCGGGAGCAGAGUCGCAGGAAGACUCACGGAGCACGGCGAGCUCAUCUGUCCACGAGCAGAUAUGGGAUUGCUUCCACUGCUGGCUCAACCAAGACGACAAACUUUAUUGGAUACAAGGAAAGCCGGGUUCAGGCAAGAGCACGUUAAUGAAACACCUGGUGCAAAACCCAGCAACGAAGGCAGCCGUUCGCACCGCGAGCCCUGGCAUACUUAUUCUACACCACUUCUUCUGGAAACCCGGGUCUAGCAUGCAAAACUCCAUUAAGGGGCUUUACUGUACCUUGCUCUAUCAACUGUUGGUUGAAGGCCCUGAGGACAUUGAUGGAAUCAUCAGAAAGGAUCCCGCAUUUGCGAGAAAAGACCAUGUGAGCGACUGGUCGACUUGCGAGCUCCAGAGCCUUUGUAUUCGACUUUUCCGACAUCAGUCAUCCUUGGUGUGUCUGUUUAUUGACGGACUUGAUGAAGUUUCAAAGGACGAUGGUGCCAUCAACCUUGUCACUGCAAUCAAAACUAUGGUGCAACUUCCCAACGUGAAAGCAUGUGUCUCCAGCCGCCCUGAAACCGCUUUCCUUGCACGUCUAGAGACAUAUCCACAUCUCAGACUCCAGGACCUGAAUCAUCGAGAUAUUAAGAAGUUCUGCACGUCCACGCUGGCCUCUCAUUGGCAUAAUCGAGUGUCUGAGAAGGCUCGAGCAUCUAUCUUGAACGAAACUCUUCAUAAAGCGGAAGGAGUUUUCUUAUGGGCAGCGCUCGCAGUGAGAGAGAUCAUUACUGGACUGGAUAACGAUGACAGCGAGCAUGAGCUCCAAACCAGAGUCAACCGACUGCCGUCAGAGUUAUAUGCUCUCUAUUUGGAUAUGUGGAGAAGACUCAAUGACGAUCGGAUAUUGUAUCAACAAGAAGCAGCCUGGUAUUUCAAAUUACUACUUGAAUGGGUUCAUACUCCCGGUCAUCUUCAUUACGAUGGUUAUGGGGACAGGGAUUCUAUACCAUUACUUAGGGUUGUCGCAGCUUCAGAUAAGAUGGUUCAACGGACGGUCCUCGAGAAGAACAAAUGGAUUGAUUCAGAUGUCUUACAUGAUCUAUUGGACAAAACUCUCAAAAAGAUCGGAGUGCGGUGCGCUGGCCUGCUUACAACCACGCCUAGAGAGAGAGAUCUCAGUGUAAAGGCCUAUGCACACCAUUAUGAUAAGCUGCGCCCGCGGAUUACAUAUCGAACAACGUUCAUACAUCGGACUGCCAUUGAUUUCUUGGUUGAUACUAAAGAAGGUCAACAAAUCCUCCAAUACUGUCCAACCAGCGAGGAUGAACUAAGCGCUGAUCUCGUCAAGGGAUAUCUGAUUCAAUGGAGGAUCUUUGAAACGACACGAUUUGCACAGUCUUUAAGGAUGGAUAUGCUCCACUGUAUGUUUCGUGGAAUAUCACACCUUACCACAUUGCCUGAAAAAGAACUGUUUGAACUACUUGAUAUCUGUCGAAAUGAGAUUGAGUCUGGGUACUUUGGCUCUUUUGUGGGUUCAAGCCUUGUUCUCACCGCCCGGCCAAGGUUCACUCAAUACGUCCUCUCGAGGAUAUUGCAGUCUCCAGAACCGGUUUCUUGCGCGACGUCAAUACUUCGAGACAUGUGGGAUGCUCGUAAACCAAUCUCACAGAAUCUGGAUCACCCUGGCUGCUACGUUGAGCCUCUUCUUGCUCUUGGUGCGCGAAGUAACGUAAGAGGGAUAUGCCAAGGCUAUAUUUUAGACCACGAAUAUCACGCCAGCCCCUUCAUGAUAGCCGAUACCGCGUUUUGGCGAUUUCUAAAAUGGACUGUACUCUUGGGUGAACUCCAGCUUUUACAACCGGGAGAAUUUCUACACCUAUUGCAAAGCUAUCUCGCAAGUGAACCAGAUCUAGCUUGUCGCACCCAAGUUUCGAUAGAGUUCGGAAAUAGAACAGCUCAUUAUCUACCAGAUAAUUGGCUGCUGAGCACGGCUGGGCUUCCCGGACUUUCUGAGAACAGACCCGUGUUCACGAUAGAAACAAAUUUAGUCUUCUUCAUUGAGACACUGAUGACAUGGCUUGCACAUCAGAACCAUGAUGGUAGUAAAGUAACCUUCUCAGAUGUUCUCGAAGGCAUAGCAUCAAGGAACACUGAGCCUGUCUUCAGGCUUCGAUUUGUUACUGUGGGACCUCGCUCGGUUGCCUCAAGCUACUGCGUCGUGAACCAGAGACCAUCCGACCAAAUAACAAGUCAGCUCAAGGGGUGGGUACGUUCACAACUAUAUCAGGAAAUUAUCGACGACGACUUGGUAGCCAUGGCCUCGAAGACUUGCAAUGAGAUUGCACUUGCCGAAUCAGGCAAUUACCAGAAAGUUGAUGAGGAUUUCAGGGCAAUACUCGCCCGGGAAGGAGUGGGGUUUGCCUUUGCUGAGAACUGCACCGAGAAUUUAGGUCCUGGGACGUCGAAUGAGGUAUCCAUAGAUUGA